AUGGGCGAGCCACUAGGACUGCUCCAAGUGACUGUUAUUCGAGGAAAGAAGCUGGUGAUCCGAGACUUCAAGUCUAGUGAUCCGUACGUGAUAGUCAAAUUGGGAAAUGAGUCAGCCAAGACCAAAGUGAUCAACAAUUGCCUGAACCCUGUGUGGGAUGAGGAACUGAGCUUUACACUCAAAGAUCCUGCAGCAGUUCUCGCAUUGGAAGUGUUUGAUAAAGAUAGGUUCAAGUCAGAUGACAAGAUGGGUCAUGCCACUCUCAGCCUCCAACCGCUCAUCUCAGUAGCCAGGCUAAGGCAUGUAGUGCGCGUGUCCUCGGGCGAGACAACGCUAAGGAAAGUGUUGCCGGACUCAGAUAACUGCGUAUCUCGGGAGAGCACAAUCAGUUGCAUAGACGGAGAGGUGGUGCAGAGCGUGUGGCUGAAGCUGUGCGCUGUUGAAUCCGGUGAGAUUGAGUUGAAGAUCAAGCUGAUUGAUCCUCCUGGAACAAAGGUGUAG